AUGUCUCUCUGUGUAAUUGUCUCAGGGGAAAAGACACAGCCGCCGAUGUCUCUUGUGUAUUUGUACCCAUCGGCGGGAAAAGACCACGCGCCGGAGAUCGACCUCCACGGCAGCAUCCUGGACAAGUCCUCCUGCGACACCGGCAGCCGCUGCGUGUCUCAGGACGUCGAGAUCCUCCUCAGAAAGUCCCAGACGCUCAUUGACAGGUACGACCACCGCAGCGAGGCGAGCAGCGACGAGAACGCGAUCCCGGGCGUCUUCACCAACGCCCUGCACCUGGCGGUGGACUACAGCGCCGCCGACGUGGUGAGGCUUCUGCUGCGCUACGGCGUGGAGCCCAACCGGGGGGCCUGCGUGCUCAGCGUGGACGCAGGAGCUUCACGGCCACUACAUCAGCUCGCCCUCGCCGCGCUGCUCCCCCAGGGCUUCCCCGAGGGCGUCGCCAAGGGCGUCCCCGAGGGCGUCCCCGAGGGCCUCUCCCAGGGCGUCGCCCAGAGGCUCCCCGAGGGCCUCCCCCCGAGGCUCGCCGCGCUGCUCGCCCCGCUCUGGCUCCCCCAGGUCCUUCUGUUCGCGCCCGUCGUCGCCCCUGGCAGGAUGCGACCGGGGGGGCUCCCGCGCCCCGUCGCCCAGGGCCGCCUCGCCGCUGCACUUCGUCCCGCCGCCCGUGCCCUACUCCGACCCCGAGGUGCGCCUGCGGCCGCAGGGCUUCCGCCAGCAGAUGCAGCAGCUGGGCAUCAGCAAGGGCGAGGGCCUGCGCGGCGGCGGCGGCGACGACGAGCGCAGCAAAGCGCGCGCGGCGAAGCGCGAGCCGUCCAGGACCGGAGUGGGGGGGAGUGGCACCACGGGGUACGGGGGCGCGACGACGGCGGCGGCGGCGGCGGCGGGCCAGUGACUUCCCCGGGAAAGAAAGACAGUAGAUUAGAUUUUCAUCUAGAUGUUAGAACUGACGGCAAAAUAGAUAAUAAUAAGAAACAGUUAUAUUUUACGAAAUCCGCAAAAAACGGGGCCAAUUCUAGUGAGGAUAGAUCACGACUAGUGCUUUCGAGUGACGGGCCGAGAGAGGGAGGCGGCAACGGCGGAGGAGCAGCAGGGGGGGCGGCGGGCGGCGGCGGCGCGCAGGACAGGAGCAAGAAGGAGAGCCGGUCGCCGGGCGCCCUCGAGAGCAAGAGCAUCAUCAAGGACGACUCCAAGAAGGACGUCCUCCGGGAGCGCGAGAAGGACAAGGACGAGAAGAUGAAGGAGACGAGGAAGGACGUGUCGACGAGGCGCGUGUCGUGGGUGCCGGGCGUCACGGACAACGCCGCCGCCACCAGGGACAAGCCGGCCUACAAGAGGAGGCACUCGUCCGUGGUCAAGUCGAGCGAGGUCACCUUCCAGCGCCAGAGGUCGUUCUCGCUCGACAGCCAGCAGCAAGUGCGGCUGUCGAUGCCCGGGUCGGCGUCGUGGCUGGUGGUGCCGCGGCCGGUCAUCUCGACGGAGAACAGCACGACGCGGCUGGCGGAGCCCCGCGGCGAGCGCGACCGCUCCGAGCCGCGCUACUUCACCUUCUCGGACAUCCACCCGUGCACGUGGGACGCCAACCCGGCCCACGCGGCCUCGCAGGGCGGCCUGGCCAGGGGCCCCGCCAGCGCUCGUCCGGGGGCGCCGCACUCGGCAGGGGCGGGGGGUCGCACCCCGCCGGCGCGCGGCUGCUGGUCCUGAACCCCGACGUGCCGAGGGACAGGCUCAUCACCUACACGAGCGCCGAGGGGGCGAGGCUCACCUUCGCCGACCUGUACACGCGAGACUACCUGUACACCCUGCCCGUGCUGUUCCUGGCGGCGGCGCGGGGCAACUCGGCCAUCACGUACCUCCUGCUCAAGUACGGCGCGUCCCCGGCAUCACGGACGCCCUGGGCAACACCCGCUGCACAUCGCCGCCUGCCAGAUGAACGUCGCCUGGGAGAGCGUGCUCGACCUGCUGGAGUUCGGCGCCCCGAUUUCGCGGCCGAACAGCGUCGGGAACAGGGCGCUGGACCUGCAGCCGACGCUCGUCAGGUUGCAGGAGCAGCUCGUCCUGGACUGCUUCGCGACCUUUGAGCCUCCUGCGCGGCCCGAGCCUGACCCCGUGACCUCGUCCAACCGCGACCUUGCCCAGGGCCCCACCCGCCAGCCCUCCAACCUGCUGAAGCGGCUGCAGGGCGUGGCCAACCGGGACAAGGUGGUGGGCACGAUCGGGUCGAGCC